CGUGCACAUAAGAAAUCUCCUUUUCCCCGGACGAGAUCGGAAUAUUAGCGGAAAGCUUUGAAUAACUUAGAUAUACCCUCAUAUUUCCCUUUGCGCACUCAGACUACCCAUUCAAUAUGUCGUUGCCUUCAGAUUUCCUCUGGGGUUUCGCCACAGCCGCUUAUCAGGUCGAGGGUGCUACCGAAAAGGAUGGUCGUGGUCCAACUAUCUGGGAUACCUUUUGCAAAAUCCCGGGAAAGAUCGCAGACGGAACCGACGGGUCAGUUGCCUGCGACUCAUACAAUAGGACCUCUGAAGACAUUGCUCUGUUGAAGAGGUUGGGUUCUAAGUGCUACCGCUUCUCUUUAUCCUGGGCAAGAAUCAUCCCUCUUGGAGGACGAAAUGAUCCCAUCAACCAGGCCGGUAUUGACCAUUAUGUCAAGUUUGUCGACGACCUACUUGCGGCUGAUAUUGUACCUUUUAUCACCCUGUUACACUGGGAUGUCCCGGACGAGCUUGACAAGCGAUACGGUGGCCUUUUAAACAGGCAGGAGUUCCCACUAGAUUUUGAGAACUAUGCUCGUGUCGUCUACAAGUCAAUCCCUAAGUGUAAGAACUGGAUCACAUUCAAUGAGCCUUGGUGCAGUUCUAUCUUAGGGUAUAGCACCGGUUUCUUCGCCCCUGGCCAUACGUCUAACCGAGAAAAGUCCGCUAUCGGUGAUUCCAGCCGAGAGCCAUGGAUUGUCGGCCACAACUUACUUCUUGCUCACGGCAGGGCCGUCAAGGUAUACCGCGAGGAGUUUAAGCCUACUGACAAGGGCCAGAUCGGUAUCACCCUGAACGGAGACUUCACAUACCCAUGGGACCCCGAGGACCCAAGAGACAUUGAGGCUGCCAAUCGAAAAAUAGAGUUUGCCAUCUCGUGGUUUGCCGACCCUAUUUACUUGGGCAAGUAUCCAGACUCGAUGCGGAAGCAGCUCGGCGACCGGUUACCGGAGUUUACACCCGAGGAACUGGUACUGGUUCAUGGGUCUAAUGACUUCUACGGCAUGAAUCACUAUACAGCCGACUAUGUGAAGCAUGGCGACGGCAACCCUCCUCCGGAAGACUACCUAGGCGACCUAUCGACCACCGCUUACAGCAAGAGCGGCGAGUGCAUUGGUGCGGAGACACAGUCAUUCUGGCUGCGCCCAAAUCCUCAGGGCUUCCGCGGUCUCUUGAAUUGGCUUAGCAAGCGCUACGGUUACCCCGCGAUUUAUGUCACCGAGAAUGGUACCAGUAUCAAGGGCGAAAACGACUUAAAAGAUCCCGAGAUUCUCAACGACGUGUUUCGGUACGAAUAUUUCCGAGAUUAUGUCAACGCCAUGGCGAAGGCUGUUAGCGAGGAUGGCUGUAAUGUCAAAGGCUACAUGGCCUGGUCGCUCAUGGAUAACUUCGAAUGGGCUGAAGGAUACGAGACCCGGUUCGGUGUUACCUACGUUAACUACACAGAUGGACAGCAACGGAAAGAGAAGUACAGCGCACAGAAGAUGAAAGAGAUCUUCGAUGCGGUCAUCGAGAAGGCUUAGAAAGAAAGGGAAGUGCAGGGCUGACGAUCCGAUAACUACCUCUCUUUCUCUCCUUGUUGUAUAUGUUUCCUGCGUAUGUUAUGAGUUGCGUCGAUACCUCAGGUAAUAUUGGAGUAUAAUCAGGGUUAUUAUUACGGUCCUUUUGGAUUUUUUGCUUAAUGCUUCGCUCAAUAUCAUGACACGUGUCUCGAGAAUCUCCGAGGCAAUCAAACUCUCAUCACAUUGAAAUUGCUUUGCUACGUAGUUACAAACUGAAUCUCCUCGGG